AUGCUGGUGAGGGAGCGGCUGCAGGAGAAGGAGCGGAACCCCGGCCUCUUUGGCCGGCUUCUCCGCAAGGUAGACGGCUGCGAGGUGCGCUUCAUCUUUGACGGCAAGAUGGACGAAAGUAUGGUGACCGUCGACGACCCCUACGAUCGCACAAGCGAGCGGAUGCAUUUGUUCUCCGACCCAGAGCCUGUCUGUGGCCGCGUGGUGCUGACACCGAAGGGUGCGUACCGCCACAACGGCAUUCUCUUGGAGCUCGUGGGGGUCAUCACGACCCUCGGGGAGGGUGAAGAGAAAACAGACUUUAUGCGGCAGGAAAAGAAGUUUGAGCCCGACACGUUUCACUCCGUGACGUCGUUGGAGUUUCGCUUUGCCGCGCCAAGGGAGUACGAGUCAUACCGUGGAAUGAACGCCCGUGUGUCGUACUACGUGCGGGUCACUAUCUGCCGCCCCGUAAAGAACAUCACGGAGGAGGAGGAGGUGUGGGUGAGCAAGGUGGAUACGCACCUGAGCGCGACCCAGCCGGACGCCUCACGGCAUCCCAGCUACUUCCGUGAAACGGUUUUCGGUCCGCAAUCUGUCUCCAUGGACGUGGGCGUUGAGAACGUGCUACACAUUGAGUUUAAGUACGACAAGAAGAUCUUUCACCUCCAGGAGCGUGUACUGGGGAAGGUCACGUUUAAACUAGCUGACAUGGAUAUUAGGUACGGCGAGGUUGGCGUGGUGCGAAAGGAAUACGUUGGCCCCGGCAAACCUACGGAGGCCAUGCAAACCGAGACGCUGCAGAAGUUUGAAAUCAUGGACGGCACCCCUGUUGUGGGGGAGGUGGUGCCUAUCCGCCUUUACCUCCGCUCCAUCCCACACCUCACCCCAACGUACCCCAAUGUACACAACUGCUUCCGUGUGCUGUACUUCCUGAACUUGGUGCUCAUCACGGGUGAGGGCAGGCGGUACUUCAAGCAGCAGGAGAUCACGUUGUACCGCAGACACGGACAGGAGGUGCCCACCGGAUCCAUGACGGAGUCGCCUUGA